GUCUUAUUUGGAUUUAUGUUGGUUGUGUGGGCAGUGGCUCCAGCAGUGAAGCCUGUUGAGAAUGAAACUGCUUUCAAGAAAUUGAAAGACAGGUUGCUGUCAGCUACGUCUGGGUCUGUGGAGGAAAGUAAAGACGCAAGUGGGUUUAGUUUUGAAGAAUCUGAGUCUACUGUGAGUAUUACUGUGGUUGGAGCAUCUGGGGACCUUGCAAAGAAGAAGAUAUUCCCGGCUCUUUUCGCACUUUAUUAUGAGGGUUGCCUCCCUAAACACUUUACUAUUUGUGGUUAUGCUCGGAGUAAGAUGACUGAUGCAGAGCUUAGAACCAUGGUUAGCAAGACGCUUACUUGCAGAAUUGACCAGAGGGAGAACUGUGGCGAAAAGAUGGACCAAUUUCUUGAAAGAUGUUUCUACUACUCUGGUCAGUAUGAUUCACAGGAUCACUUUGCACAGCUGGACAAGAAACUAAAGGAACAUGAGGCUGGAAGAAUUCCUAACCGCCUGUUCUAUUAA